GGCCUUGUAUUGGGCGCUGCCUUUUCGGCGAACCUGACAACGGGCAUAUCAACCACCAUUGCCAUUGUGCUGCACGAGCUGCCCCACGAGCUGGGUGACUUUGCGGUUCUGAUUGAGAGUGGCUGGACUGUGAAGCGUGCUCUCUUGGCCAACUUUCUAUCAUCACUGACCGCCUUUAUUGGGCUGUUCAUCGGCCUGGCAGUGGCUGGCAGUACAUUUGAAUCCCAGCAAUGGGUUCUCUCGGCUGCUGCUGGCAUCUUCCUCUACAUUGCCCUGUCUGAUAUCGUGCCUGAGCUCAUGAGCUUGUUGGUACAUUCCAAAAACUUUGUGCUGUCCCUGGCCCUUGCAACAGGAGGCAUGUGGGUUAGCAUUGGCAUCAUGAUCGUACUGGCCAAGUAUGAGGAUGAUAUCGCCGUAUAA